AUGGCAACCACUGAAUUACAGGAUCAUGACUUAGGAGAGGUAAGUAAAGAAAGUAGUUUUAUUUGUAACAAGUCGAUAUUACUUGACCGAGUACCAGGAUGUCCUAACAUAGAGAUGGUAACUUGUCGAAAUGUUGGACAAUCCGAUGUCAAAAAACGACUACUUUUACAACCAGAUAACACGGCCAGCGAUGCACUUGUUGCAUUCUACGCAUAUAUGUCCAUUCCAGAAAACAACCCUAGUGCCCAUCAUACAUUGAUAUAUGACGUCUCCGUUACCAAUGUAGGAAGCGGUUACAACCACGUGACAGGAAUCUUCACCGCACCAACAAGUGGGAUAUACGUGUUCAUAUGGGUAACCAGAGUUUAUAAUGGUGAACACCCUACCGAACUCAUGAUAAACACCGCGGUGUAUGGGGUCACCUUUCUUCGAGCAAAGGGCAGUAGUAAUGAUGGCUCAGUAAGUGGGACCGUUGUAGCUAACGUUACCAAAGGUGAUGCGGUCUUUGUGCGUGUUCAUUCCUCUUAUCCUGGAGAUGGAUAUAUUUACAGUAAUGUUCAUGGUCGUCCAUCAUUUUCUGGCUGGCUUCUACGUUGA